AUGGGCAGUGCAACAGGUUCAUAUCGCCGGCUUGGACAUCAUUAUCAUUGUCUCCAUUGUCAGCCGUGUCGAUACAUUCGCCUGGUAAAAUUGAAACACACGCUUCCUCUCUCUGCUCCCCUUCUACUCUCCCCCGUAAAGAAUUCGUAUGAACUGUAGCAAUUUUGAGCCACGUUUCGAUCUUGAUCGGCUACGUUAUAACGAAGUCGGGCAUGAUGCCACUCCGAUAUCUCGAUGAGCUCAGCUCUAGGAGAUAGAUAUAUAGAUAUGCAUAGCACAUAUAUACAGCGAGAGAGAGAGAGAGAGAGAGAGAGAACCCCGCAACUUGAUGGUUCUCGUUCCAACCCGCAGGUGCAGCACCUGAUCGAGAAAUGCCUGACUGUCGGGAUGGACCGCCACGAGUGCGCGAGAGCUAUAGCCAGCCACGCCGGCAUCCACCACUCUGUCACCGCCACAGGUGCAACUCUCUGUCCUCAUCCUUCCCACCCUCUCUCUCUCUCUCUCUCUCUCUCUCUCUCUCUCUCUUUCUAUCAAUCUAUCUCGACUUAUACAUACAUACAUACAUAUAUAUGAUAUAUAAUUGUAUCUCGGUCUCUAACCCUGGAUAAAUAAUACGUGUUGCAGUGUGGGACGAGCUGGCGAAGGAGAACCCGAGAUUUUUCCGUAGGUAUUUGCAAACUUUGAACAAACAAACGCAGAGUCAAGCUCUCAGGCACUGA